AUGGAUCUGAAUAAUCAGAUAAUUGAAGCGGCUCAAGAGGGAAACGUAGAAAACAUAUAUAACUUACUUAGCGAUGAUCGUCAUAUACUUGAGGGAUUUGAUAGCAUGCCGUUUGUUGAUACUCCUUUACACAUAUCUGUUGAGGAGGGGCGCGUCUUCUUUUCUCUGGAAAUUGCAAACCUUAAGCCUUCGUUUGCUAGAAAGUUAAACAAGAAUGGUCUCAGUCCCAUCCACACGGCUUCUAGUAAAGGAAACUUGGAGAUUGUAAGGGGACUCUUAAGCAUUGAUAGUAGCCUCUGCCGCGUUAAGGGAAAAGGGAUGAUGACGCCUCUCCACUUUGCAACCAUAGAGAGGAAAAUCGACGUUAUGGGUGAAUUGAUCUCUACAUGCUCCCAAACAAUGGAGGACCUGACGGUAGAACAUAAGACCGCUCUUCACCUUUCAGUAGAAAAUGAAGAUUUUGGUUCUUUUGAAUUUUUGCUUGUUAAGCUUCAGCAGCUUCAGAMGGAAGAGCUCGUAAAUUGGGAGGACAACGAUGGAAACACGGUUUUGCACCUCGCAACAUCUCGACUGCAGCUCCAGAUGGUAAAGUUUCUACUAGAGGAUUUUUCUGGGCGGAAGAAGGUGAAUCUGAAUGUCAAGAACAAGAAUGGUAAUACGGCCUUACAGGAGCUACUACURUUGCAAAGUAAUGAAGUAAGUAGAGACAUUGAAAAUAUUCUCAGCCAUCAUGAAGCAACAAGUAUAUUUUCGGAGAUGAAAAAAUCAUUUGCGAAGAAAAGGGACUUCUUUAAGUACCGGAAAGGCAUAGAUCCACCAGGAGAAGUCAGAAAUGCAAUAUUGGUGGUUGUUACUUUGAUUGCAACAGCAACCUUUCAAGUUGGAAUCAACUUCCCAGGUGGUGUUUGGCAGGAUGACUUCAAUCCCGAUUACUCUACCCUCAAUUCCACAACUCUUGCAUCACAGAAACCACACGUGGCUGGAACAUCAAUUCUGGCUACUCGAUCCCUGCUGAUUUUCUAUCUGAUCCUAGUUUACAACACACUGGCGUUUUUACUGUCUAUAGUUCUGUUCUUUUACCUUACGAAACAAUUCCCUGCUCGAUUUGGACUCAUACUUGCCCUUUAUGGCAUGCUCCUCACAUAUUCAACAUCACUAUCUUCCAUCGCGCCGCCUGGGAGGCUUUCGACGCUACUAUGUGGUGAAAUUCUGAUUACAAUGUCUUUGAUAAUUUUCCUUGUGCUACUUUAUCUUCAUGAGAAGGGAACAUUGUAG